AUGUCGGCCACGAAGAAUGAGAGCUCACAGUCCAAGGGAGCCGUGGCGGCACUGUGUUCCCUCAAAGCGGGCGACGAAGAUGUUAACUUCAGAGCGACAGUGCAGCCCGGGGCCUCCAUCAUCGACAUGGUCAAUGUGACGACAUCACCCAGCAGCAAUGCCACCCCAGAGGGUCUGACUGAGAGGGGGCUGGUGGUCCUGGGCCAGAGGAAAGAGUAUGAAUACAACUACUUUGCCCUGGUGCUGGGUGUGCCCCUCAUCCUGAUCAUCAUCCUGGGCAACGUACUUGUGUGUCUGAGCGUGCUCACUGAGCGCUCCCUGAAGACUGCCACCAACUACUUCAUCAUCAGCCUGUCUGUGGCCGACCUACUGCUGGCUGUACUGGUGCUGCCCCUCUAUGUCUACUCUGAGUUCCUGGGUGGUACCUGGACCCUGAGCACAUACAUCUGUGAUGCUCUGAUGACCAUGGAUGUCAUGCUGUGCACCGCCUCCAUCCUCAACCUAUGUGCCAUCAGUGUGGACAGGUACAUAGCGGUGGUGGUGCCACUGAAGUAUAACAGGAACCAGUUCAGCAUGCGGCAGCUGGUCCUCAUUACGGCCACCUGGGUUCUCUCCCUGGGCGUCGCCAGUCCCGUCAUCUUCGGCCUCAACCAGGUGCCGGGCCGCGACCCCACCGUGUGCAAGCUGGAGAACGACAGCUUCGUGGUCUACUCCUCCGUGUGCUCCUUCUUUGUGCCUUGCCCUGUCAUGCUCUUCCUGUACUACUGGAUGUUCCGGGGGUUGAGACGCUGGAGCUCAGGCAGGAGCCGCUCCCAGCUGACGAGGGGAGGAAAACAGAGCCUGUCCCUGCGCCUCAGCUCCGCCCUGCAGAGGGAGAACGCAGGGCUCAGGGCGGGUGCCAAGGAGAAGGUGGUGUACCUCAUGCCCACAGCUCUCAGCCCGAUGUCACCGUCGGCUGUAUCAAUGGCGUCGCCCACGGCGACCCUCGGGGUGGAGAACAAGCAGCAGGAUGGUUUGGGGGCGGGCGUGGCGGAGUGCGACCCCAUGACUACCCAGAUGGACAGCGUUUCUGACGCGGACCCCACGGAGAAGCCGCCUAGGCAGGGGAAGAGCCUGAAGGAGAAUGGGCUGGCCCACGCUAAGGCCAAUAAGAGGGGGCGCCGCAAUAGCAAGAGUAGCAGAGUGAGUGGGAGGGAGCGCAAAGCCAUGAAGGUUCUUCCUGUUGUAGUUGGUGUGUUCCUAGCCUGUUGGACGCCUUUCUUUGUGGUACAUGUGACCAACGUGCUGUGCGUGUCCUGCAAAAUCAGCCCCACUCUGAUCUCCGUGGUAACGUGGCUGGGCUACGUCAACAGUGCUGUCAACCCCAUCAUUUACACGGCCUUCAACGCAGAGUUCCGAAAUGUCUUUCACAAACUUCUCUGCUGUCGAGCAUGA